AUGGAAGUAGAAAACAACGGAACUACCACCAUAAAUGCUUCAGUUACUGAAGCGUACGUUGCUUCUGCUUAUAAUCUGAAUCAAGAAGAUAGUAACUGGAUUGUGACGAAUUCCUUCAUAAUCUUUACUAUGCAAACGGGUUUCGGUAUGUUAGAGUCUGGAUGUGUCUCCUUAAAGAAUGAAGUUAACAUUAUGAUGAAGAAUGUGGUAGAUAUAGUACUCGGUGGUUUAACUUAUUGGGCAUUUGGUUUUGCAAUGAGCUUUGGAUCAGACAGGCUGAAUAAUCCUUUCAUCGGUAUGGGAGAAUUUUUAAUGGAUCCUUCGUUAGACGAUAAAUUUAUGGGACCAAAAUGUGCCGCAUUUUUGUUCCAAUUAAGCUUCGCUACUACUUCAACGACGAUUGUUAGCGGUGCCAUGGCAGAACGAUGCAAUUUCAAAGCAUAUUGUCUAUUUUCAUUCUUAAACACAAUCGUGUAUUGCGUACCAGCAGGAUGGAUAUGGGGUGAUCAAGGUUUCUUAAAAAAUAUGGGUGCUGUUGACAUUGCUGGUUCAGGAGUAGUGCAUCUUGUUGGUGGUACCUCUGCACUUGCAUGUGCCAUUAUGUUGGGACCAAGACUAGGCAGAUAUGAUAAUGGAAUUGACCCACUACCUCUUGGAAGUCCAGUCAAUGCUAUUAUGGGCUUAUUUGUACUUUGGUGGGGUUGGUUAGCUUUCAACAGUGGUAGUACAUAUGGUAUCAGUGGUCAAAGAUGGCAAUAUGCUGCUAGAGCAGCAGUUUCUACAAUGCUAGCAAGUAUGGGGGGUGGUUUAAUUGGACUAGGUUUCAGCCUAAAUAAUCGAAAUGGAAUUGAUAUUCUAAGUCAAAUAAAUGGUAUUCUUGGUGCAUUGGUUGCAAUUACAGGUGGUUGUUUUCUUUUCAGAGCCUGGGAGGCCAUAACUGUUGGAAUGAUCGGUGCUUCUAUUACAUGUUUUGCAAUGCCAAUGUUAGAUAAGAUGCAUAUUGAUGAUCCUGUUGGAGCCAGUGCAACACAUGGUGCAAGUGGAAUUUGGGGUAUUAUUGCCAUUGGUUUAUUUGCAGACAAUCCACAUCCCCUUAAUACCACCAGUGGAAGAAAAGGAUUAUUCAAGGGAGGAGGAUGGUAUUUGUUAGGUGUGCAAUGUUUUGUAGUUGUAUGCCUAGCAGUUUGGAGUUUUACAACAUCUAUUACUUUAUUAUGGGUCAUAAAUAAAAUUAUACCAAUUAGAAUGAGCGUUCACGAUGAGCUUCUUGGCGCUGAUCUGGUGGAACAUCGAAUACGACAUAUGCAGAUUGGAGUAAGUAGAGCCAUGUCUGCUCUUUGUCCAGUUUCGCAAGAACACGAAUUAGCAAAGGUGCAUCCUGUGGGAAUAAAUCCUGGUCACGAUUCCUACGUUGAAAAAUACUGUCGUAAAAAUUACUUGAAGCACGGAAAAAAGUUUACUCUCGGUACGAAGCUAUCAAGGAGUCCUCAAAUGAAUACAAUUACCGACGCUGUACUAACCGGUAGAAGUAAGCCAAAUUUCGCCUGGCUGGAAUAG